AAGCUCUUGUAUAACUUCCGCCCUUCAGGACAGUCCCCACUUAACAUGGCGCUGUACUUUGCCUUUCGUUCGGCAGCGUUGCGUCGAUCCCUUGGGUUACAUAGGGGCACGCCGGGGUCUCCCAGUGUCAUUGUGGGACUCAGGUUUCUAUGUGCCGCAAAAGCGCCAUUCCAAGAAUCCACAGAGGAAUAUGAAUUUGUCGAGCGUCUUAUACCGCCCUCACGGGUCCCCACUCCGCCCAAGCACUCCGGACCGACGCCGUCUGGCUGGACCCCUCCGGCUGAGUCUCCGCCGUCACUCCCUUAUAUGAUUCGCCGCUCCCGCAUGCACAACAUUCCGGUGUACACCGACGUGACGCACGGUAACCGCUUGAUGACUUUGGUCCGAAAGGUGGAGGGCGACAUUUGGGCUCUGGAGAAAGAUGUCAAAGAGUACCUGAAGGACGUGACUGGCAAAGAAUUGCCCACUCAAGUCAACGAGGUCACGAUGACAUUGAGGGUGAAAGGACAUUUUGAUAAGGAGCUGAAGGAAUGGUUGAUCAGUAAAGGCUUCUGAAAGAGCUUGGCAACUUGCAUGAGUCCGAUUCACUCGCGUGUACCACGUGACAGAAAGUGACACCAAAAAGACGCUGCUUGGACUCUGAGAACUUCAUAAAUGCAUCAUUCAUCGAUGCAUCUCCAUGAGAACCAUGCUGUGUCGCUCAUCGUUAUUAAUGUCUGAAUUGCUUCUAAUGAGUCCAAAUAAAUGUGUAUUAAGUGUUGACAGUUGUACAUACGCGACUGUUUAAUUUCUUACGACACCGUGUACCAUGUUGUUUACUUAACAAUUAUGCCUUCAUGUAUUAAUAAGCACCAAUCUGAGAAUUAAGCAUACAACAUGUUACUUUUUAUGUACAAAAUGUGAAAUUGGCCAUAAGCCAUUCUCAGUUUUCACACAUUCAAAAUUAUGAACAGAUGAGUAAAAUGUUUUAUUAAUGUAGGACAAUACCCAAGUACAUUGAAUACAGUUCCAUUAAGAGAAUAAAAACAAUGUAAUUACAAAUUAUUUAACAUUUACAAAUGAAAUGGAAAAAAUAUUGUUCAUGUAUUCUUGGCUGCACUUAGGUGUGAGAGAGAAGCAUUGUAUCGCUCCGUUAGUUUAUCCAGUUGAUCAUCUGAGAAACACAAAACAAGAACAAAAACCUUGAUUAUGGAAUCUACAAAAACCCUUGAUUAAAAUCUCUAUUAAAGAAAGCAAUUAAA